GAGCUGAAUGACCUGGCUCGUGACCCUCCGGCACAGUGCUCGGCAGGACCAGUGGGAGAUGACAGUAGGUGUCUUAGUCGUGUUGUCGUGGAACUGUUGAAGGCAGUGUUUCUUAAUCCUGGUCCCGAAGAACCAAAGGGGUGAAAUAUUUUAGUUUUUGCCCUGAUCAAAGGUGCGACGAGCGUUAAGAAACACUGGUUAAAGAUUAUAAUACCCAUUUAAUGUGCACUAACUCACUUUCUCUCCUUCCGUCAGUGUUUCACUGGCAAGCCACAAUCAUGGGACCUGUAAGUACAAGUCAUAUAUCCCACUUUAAUGGGAGAAUUUUCUAAAUUCUUGAAUUGCUAGUUUGAUGAAUGUAUUCCAUUUUCUGGAAGUAAAGGCUUUUGGAGUGAAAUGUGAUCAGUAGUAAUUACAGAUGGACUUUAAUGUGAUGCUCUUUCUCUCCUUUCAGAAUGACAGUCCAUAUCAGGGGGGUGUUUUCUUCUUGACCAUUCAUUUCCCUACAGACUAUCCUUUCAAACCCCCAAAGGUAAGGGGUCCAUGUCACCUCACAUAGGUUAGCAAAGGGGCUCGUUCCUAAAUCAGUGUCAAAUGGUUAGACUUACGGCCAUUUGUAUUGUUCUAGGCCGCAGCCUGGUGGUGCUGUAUGUAGUUGAUGUUAGGUAGCAGGAGGGCAUGAUUUACUGUAUUAACAUUUUGUUGAAUUCAUCUUUCCCUGUCUCUCCUCUCUCUCUCUCUCUCUCUCUCUCUCUGGUCUUCUGUUAGGUCCUCUCUCUGUCUUCUUUUCUCUGUUCUCUUCCCCUGUCCUCUCUCUCUCUCCUCUCUCUCUCUCUGUCCUCUCUCUUCUCUCUCUCCCCCUCUCUCUCUCUCUCUCUCUCCUCUCUCUCUCCUCUUCUCUCUCCUGUCUCUCUGUCUCUCUGUCUCUCUGUCUCUCUGUCUCUCUGUCUCUCUGUCUCUAUGUCUCCUCUCCCCCCUCUCUCCUCUCUCUCCCCCUCUCUCUCUCCCCCCUCCCCCUCUCUCUCCCCCCCCUCCUCUCUCUCUCUCUCCCCCCUCUCUCUCCCCCCCCCUCUCUCUCUCCCCCCUCUCUCUCUCCCCCCCCUCUCCCCCCUCUCCCCCCUCUCCUCCCCCCCCCUCUCCCCCUCCUUCUCUCUCCCCCUCUCUCUCUCUCCCCCCCUCUCUCCCUCCCUCCUCCUCUCUCUCUCUCCCUCUCUCUCUCUCUAUCCAGUUUAGCGUUUACCACAAGAAUUUACCACCCCCAAUAUAACAGUAACGGCAGUAUCUGUCUGGAUAUUCUCAGAUCACAGUGGUCUCCGGCGUUAACUAUUUCUAAAGGUGAGUUAGGACUACUCUGCGGCGGACAGAUCCACUAAAGGUGCAUUAUGGGGCAGUUUCCUGGACACGGAUUAAAGCCUAGUCCUGCACUAUAAAGUUAUUUCAAUGGAGAUUCUGGAGAUGUUUUCUAGAAUGAAUGUGCCCCCAGUGGAUAUACUGUAUAUCAGACAUUACUACAUCGCAUGGCCUUGAUGUCUGAGAGCGAGAGAGAGUAGUCUAUAGUGGGGAUCUAAUCCCAUGCCCCUGUUUCUAGUUACAUUACAGAGAAAUGGGUUGUAACUCUUGUAACGGUCUUCCUCUGCAGUUCUUCUCUCCAUCUGCUCCCUGUUAUGUGACCCCAACCCAGACGACCCUCUAGUGCCAGAGAUCGCGCGCAUCUAUAAAACAGAUAGUGACAAGUAAGUGUCCUUUGUACUGUCGCUGUCUGUUGGAAAUGCACCCGUCUCAUUUUAUACAGCAGGUGUCCUGGAAGGGCACACUUUAUCUUUCAUAUUUUCGUUCUGUAUAACCCAGUGAAAAUACUUAUUUUCAACCAGUUUUGGUCACUGGGAAAGUGAUAUGCAUUAUAACAUGUUCCUGUCUGCGUUGUUGGUUACCUUUACACACAAUCAUGGUCUAUAGCAGAGACGAAGCAGAAUAAUGCCCAGUGUCUCUCUCGAAGCAGAAUAAUGCCCAGUGUCUCUCUCGAAGCAGAAUAAUGCCCAGUGUCUCUCUCGAAGCAGAAUAAUGCCCAGUGUCUCUCUCGAAGCAGAGUAAUGCCCAGUGUCUCUCUCGAAGCAGAGUAAUGCCCAGUGUCUCUCUCGAAGCAGAGUAAUGCCCAGUGUCUCUCUCGAAGCAGAAGAAUGCCCAGUGUCUCUCUCGAAGCAGAAUAAUGCCCAGUGUCUCUCUCGAAGCAGAAUAAUGCCCAGUGUCUAUCAAAGCAGAGAGAAAGAUGUGUGAGGGUGGGGUGUGAGGGAGAGAAAGAUGUGUGAUGGUGUGGUGUGAGUACACCUGUUCUGUCUCCAUCUAGAUGGUAGCGGGGUGAACAGGCUGUGGCUCGGUUGGCUGAGGCCCUUUGAUCUUUUUGGCCUUCCUGUGAUACCGGGUGCUGUAGAUGUCUUGGAGGGCAGGUAGUGUGCCCCCGAUGAUGCGUUGUGCUGACCUCACCACCCUCUGGAGAGGCCUGCGGUUGUGGACGUUGCAGUACCAGGCGGUGAUACAGUCCGACAGGAUGUUCUCAAUGAUUCAUCUGUAGAAGUUUGUGAGGGUCUUAGGGGCCAAGCCGAAAUUCUUCAGCCUCCUGAGGUUGAAGAGGCUCUGUUGCGCCUUCUUCACCACGCUGUCUGUGUGGGGUGGGCCGUUUCAGAUUGUCAGUGAUGUGCAUGCCGAGGAACUUGAACUUGCAACUCAAUAGUAGGAAGGUGUUCCUAAUGUUUCGUAUACUCAGUGUAGAAUGGACGGAGAACCCCACUGGCUGAAUGGACGGGGGCAGUAUGGUUUGUGCCAGAAGGUGGAGAGGAGGUUGUUGUUUGGUGUUUAUGGCAGCAUGUUGUCUGGUCUCGCUGGAUUCUCCAGAAGCUUCCGCAUCACUCAGCCCACAGCUGUCUACCACAGUCUU